AUGUGUUGGCAAUUGUGCCAAAGUCGUAAAGAAUCUUACAACAGAGUUUCAUCUCCAAAAGAUUAUUUCACCUCCCUUACUUACGCGUUUCAAUACGUUUUGAACAGAGCUAAAAGACCACAUUCAAUAAAUAUGAGCAGAGCACAUCAAUUUAGUAAUCAAAGUGGACUCAUGCAAAACGCAUUGAGGGGCAAGAAGAAUAAAAGUAAUUUGAGAAAAGAAUUAGUCAAACUUAGUUAUAAGAAUAUUAAAGGAAAAAAAAGUCGACGUGAAAAUAGCAGCAAAAUUUUUGAGGAUUCUGUUGUUUAA